UUGCUGCGACCAAUGCAGGAAUCACGACACAGAUCGACGGCCUCCACCUCGUCGGCGGCAAUUCGAGACUCACCAACGGCCCGCUCACACCGACGUCGACGCACGCUUUUACGAUCGACCGUCGACGCACGCUUAGUAGAGUUAGCUCUACCCUCUGGGGGCUAGGUCACUCGAGAGUACUCCCCGCGGGUUACGUGCGGGGGCAGGUGCUGACUUGAGCUCGUGGCCCUUGACUUCCGACCCGGUACACCCGGAACGAUAACCGGCACAUAGCAGCAGCGCCAAGGCUUGCUUCGUGCAUGGUCCGUCUGAUGCAAUCCGCGGCCGUCCAUCAUCUCCACAGCUUCAAUCAGUUCCUCCAGCAUGACCUAAGUAGUGCUGUGGAUUGCGCGCUUCCACAUGAAUGCGCCUUUGAUGGAUGUCACGAGAGGCUUCAAGUUAUGCUGCAAAUGACUGCCAUCGCAAUUGAUUAUCCGAUACUAAACAAGGAUCCCCAAACAAUAAUCACCCCAAGAGAAUGUCGAGAACGAAAGAUUACUUAUUCAGCGCCCAUGACUGCCAGUUUUAAGUGUGGUAUGAAUGGCAUUGAUGAUCGAGGGACCAUUACCCGGACAGCAGGGUAUUUACCCAUCAUGGUUCUCUCCAAUAGGUGCUAAUAGUUAGUUGGACAUCGCAAAUUACCCCUGUUCGCAGAUGUCACCUCUCGGGCUUAGAUGAAGCCGGAUUAGUUGCUGCCCGUGAGGUGUGUGGGCUACGCCAGAGAACUUUUUGACUGUGCUCAGCUGAUUAAUAUUUGCUACACAGGAAUGUGAUGAGCUUGGCGGCUAUUUCAUAAUCAACGGUCUGGAAAAGGUCCUCAGGUUAAUUCAAGUUCACCACAUGAGUUCAUAUCAUCACUUCAGAGCGACCAACAAUUCGGCAACUUAGGUGCCGAUGCGAAACAUGCCAAUGGCAAUACAGCGACCUGUGUACAGAGGACGCGGAGCCUUUUAUACCCAGUACGCUUCAUGACAUUUAGCGUUACCUUCACACAAUAAUUUUAGAUACGCGGUGACAAUGCGUUGCGCCCGAUCAGAUCAGUCAACUUGCACCAUGACUUUACACUAUCUUUCAAAUGGAAGUAUGCGUCUUCGAGUUUCUGUACGCAAACAGGAUUUGAUGAUACCUCUGGUUGUCGUUCUCAAUGCCCUGAUGCCUGAUCUUUAUGAUCAAGGUAAUUUUUCCCAUGCGAUAAGCACGGGCACACCUCGAGAUGAAGGCAGCAAACAGAGUUCUAGCCAGCCUCCUUGUUUCUUAUCCGUUGUAAAUCUCACCACUUGUGCAGGUUUUUUUACCAAUCAAUCUUCAACCAAAGCUAAUCCCUUGGCGUUACUGGGCACCAUGUGUGCCAGCCUUUUUCGCCAGAAUCUCCCGGAAGAUGCUGACGAUGAUGUGUUUGGACUAUUCUUUCUAGAGCGAUAUAUUGCUGUGCACGUAAACAGCUGGUCUGCCAAGCAAGAUGUUCUUGCACUCAUGUCUCGCAAGUUGCACAGUUUUGUACACGCUAAAUGCUGUGAGGAUAACAUGGAUUCAGUCAGCCACCAGGAGUUGCUUAUGCCAGGACACAUUCUAAGCGCUUAUAUCAGAGAGAAGAUGGAAGACACUCUUGGACAAUCAAUAGCUCAUAUGCGCCGUGAUGCUAAAAAUGAUCUUACACACAGUUCCUUAAAUAUCCACCAAAACAUUUUGCCAUAUUGUAGUAAAAUCCUCGGACGAUACGUUGGAGUCGUGGGGUCGAAGAUUUCUUCCUUCAUCGCCAGUGGGAAUCUAAUUUCUUCCAGUGGAUUGGAUCUACAACAAACAACAGGUUUUGCUAUAGUCGCAGAACGAUUGAAUAAGUGGAGAUACUUGAGCCACUUCCGUUCAGUACAUCGUGGUCAAUUCUUCACCACCAUGAAAACAACAAGUGUCCGUAAACUUUUGCCUGAGGCUUGGGGCUUUCUUUGCCCUGUUCACACGCCAGAUGGUGCCCCAUGCGGAUUGUUGUCGCAUAUUUCUGCUAAAACACACGUUGUCUGCAACAGCAGUAAUAUGGCGGCAAACACGAAGAAUUGGCGUAUCUUAUUGAUUGACAUACUAAUAUCAUUAGGGAUGUUACCGACGCGAACUUUGUCACUUGGUUAUGGUGCCAAGAAUGGUAGAGCUAAUUCAACAGGAUGCACAACUAGCUGGAAAUGCAUGAGCGACCAUCUUCAUGUCUGCCUUGAUGGCUUUGUGCUUGGAUCCGCACCAGAUGAAGUGUGUGCCAAUAUAUCUUGGGUGCUAAGGCGCUUAAAGGUCAAGGCUUUCAGUGCGAUAGGGAUUGAUACAACACUUGAAAUUGCUCACGUCAAACAACAAGGACUGAGUGCCUCUUGUCCAUUUUCCGGCUUGUACCUAUUCUCACAACCUGCUCGGCUUGUGCGCCCAGUGUUGCAGUGUGGCCUGACGGCACAGAUUGAACUGAUUGGUCCAUUUGAACAAAGCACGUUGCAAAUAUCGUGCACUAAAUCAGGCUUAUCGUUGCCUGAAGACAACAUAUCGACCAUUGUCACUGAGACUCAUGCAGAAAUAGACCCCACAGUCAUGCUUUCCUUCCUCGCAUCCCUGACACCUUUUUCAGACUUCAAUCAGUCUCCUCGCAACAUGUACCAAUGCCAGAUGGGAAAGCAAACUAUGGGGACACCUUCGCAUUCUUUUUAUCAUCGGGGUGAUCACAAAAUGUAUCGGCUCCUGACACCACAGUCCCCUCUUGUCUGCACCCGAGAUUAUCACAACUUAACGCUUGAUCUCAAUGCCCAGGGGACGAAUUCUAUUGUUGCGGUUGUGUCAUAUACUGGAUACGAUAUGGAGGAUGCAAUGAUUAUCAAUAAAUCUGCGUUUGAGCGAGGCUUUGGCCACGGGACUGUCUAUAAGACGCUGCUUGUUGAUCUUACUGCAGAGGCCGAGCGUAGGAAGGGCCCCCUGGGUAAAACUAGCCUACUUUGUUUUGGCAAUAAGAAUACUGUCAUGAAACCUGCGAAUAAUGGUGCAAAGAACACAGCUGAUGGCCCUGAGUAUGUUGCUCCAAUGCUAGGAGAAGAUGGGUUACCGUCGGUUGGGCAGAAGAUUGGACCAGGAGAUCCGCUGUGGUGUGCAUUCGUUGAGAACUGCAAUGAGCACAUCAUUGGAGCACACAAAGACACGGAGAAUGCCUACGUCGACGCGAUACGCUUUCUAGGGCACCUCCCGUCGUCAUUCCUGGGUGUGUUAGAAUUGACCCUCCGGUCCCAGGUGCAACGAAAACAGGAAAGAUAUUACUCAACACAGAGCUAGCAUCACAUUGCGUUAUCCUCGCAGACCAGUCAUUGGGGACAAGUUUUCGUCACGACAUGGUCAGAAAGGUGUUCUCUCUGUUCUAUGGCCUGAAUGUGAUAUGCCGUUCUGCGAGUCAGGACUUACACCUGACAUCAUCAUAAACCCACAUGCGUAUGUUAUUUGUAUCUACUUCUCUAGCAGUAUUUUUGCGACUCAAGGUUCCCAUCGCGAAUGACUAUUGGGAUGCUCAUUGAAUCAAUGGCUGGGAAAUCCGCUGCGUCAUGUGGUCGUUUCCACGAUGGCACGCCAUUUGCAUUUCAAGAACAUCGUAAAGCUGUAGACUUCUUUGGUGCAUUUCACUCUUCCGUUUCUUCUAGAUCCCACUUCCCAGGUUCCCAGCUUUGUGCGGCUGGCUAUGAAUAUUUUGGAUCUGAACCAGUCUCAAUAGCUGCGUGGAGAUCAAGAUCUAUUGGAAUAUAUAAUUUGGACAGGUUUACUCGGGACUAUCUGGUCUAUUAAUGCGCAUGGAGAUAUUCGUGGGGAUUGUAUACUAUCAGCGCCUGCGUCAUAUGGUAUCUGACAAAUCGCAAGUUCGUGGGACCGGUCCUGUACAUCCACUCACACAACAACCCGUCAAAGGUCGGAAAAGACAUGGUGGAAUCCGUCUGGGUGAAAUGGAGAGAGACUCAUUGCUUGCACACGGCAUUUCUUUCCUUCUACAUGAUAGGCUCGUGAUUUGUUCUGACAGUCAUCCUGCUCGUGUUUUUGUCGACACGAGGUGUGGAGCAGUGCUCGCUCUUCACCCGCCGAACUCGUCUGGCAAAGGACAUAUUCUGACUCUUGCAUCCAUCACCAUACCCUACGUUUUCAGGUGAUUUGCUGCAGAUCUUAAAUUAUUCAACUAAGAAAUGUAGGUAUCUGAAAAAUGAAUUGGCCGGGAUGAACAUCUGCAUUGGACUUUUCUAUGAGAAAUGAGUAGUUUUGCUCGGCCGGAUUUAUACAGCACACGUGGUGCUGAGUCGUGCACCACGGGCGCGGACAAAGGGCCCAGUCGUCUAAUCGUCACGAGAAAUAAGAAAACUACGUGAGGUGCCUGUUGGUAUAUCCGAGGUGAUCCCUUGUCGUUACAACUGGAAAGCCAAUGAGCUAGGAGUUGCCUCGACGGCGCUUCUCAAAGCCUCCCUUGCUCCAACAGCGGCUAGAAGCCUUGAAAUGAGCCGUGCCCCAGUUUGCGACCGUGUUGGAUCGUGGCCUUCAGCGGCCGUUUUCGCUGAAACUCGGCGUCAGAGGAGCUCAUAUGGCCGUUUCGCUACCAUGGCCACAGACAAGUCUGACCGGCAAAAAUAGCCUAGACAACCGGAUGGGCGUCCCGGGACCCAUCCGUCGGGCUAGGGCGGUCGUGCACUCCACGCGCAACGUGCGGGUCAAGGGACCUCGAACCAUCAAGAGGAACUAACCUUAUAUGGGGGGGUCACUAGGGGGAAACCGCCAUACGACUUGCGUCCUAUGUGCGGUUGGCGUCCGUGCGGCUGCCCGUGCGGCUUCCCGGCGGCAGUGCGCGGUGCGUGUGGGCGUGUGAGCACCCACGCGGCCCUCGGCAGCUUUUCUUUUGCGCGCAGGCGCAAUAUUGGCCGAGAACGACGGCAAAAACGUUUAGCAAUUUUAGCUAAAAUUUGCUAUUAUGAGGAUCGGAGCCUCCACGCGAAACGUCUCUUUCAGUGGUCUCUCCACCCCUCCCGCAGUCC